AUGGCUACUCCUCGCAGCGCCAAGAAGGCCUCCCGCAAGAGCGGCUCCAAGUCCGCGAAGUGCGGCCUGAUCUUCCCGGUGGGCCGCGUCGGCGGGAUGAUGCGCCGCGGCCAGUACGCUCGUCGUGUCGGUGCCUCUGGCGCCGUGUACAUGACGGCUGUGCUGGAGUACCUGACCGCGGAGCUGCUGGAGCUGUCCGUGAAGGCGGCCGCGCAGAGCGGGAAGAAGCGGUGCCGCCUGAUCCCGCGCACCGUGAUGCUGGCUGCGCGCCACGACGACGACAUCAGCUCGCUUCUGAAGAACGUGACCCUGUCUCACAGCGGCGUUGUGCCAAGCGUCAGCAAGGCGAUGUCGAAGAAGAAGGGUGGCAAGAAGCUCAAGGCGACGCCGAGCGCGUAA